CCCCACGCCUCCCUCCUCCAGGCAUGAAGCACUGCAGCACGGGCUUCGCUACGGGGAUGCGCGCCAACGUCCUCGCCUCCCAGGGUCUUCUCGGGGAUGACGUUGCCGUGGAGAACGUGGAGGUGGCCUGCGACGACGGCACGGAGACCAUCGUCGGCGUCGAGGAGGCGAAGAUCCCAAUGGGGGAGUGGAGUCUCUGGUCUCGAUGCAGUCCUGGCUCGGGAGUGUGUGGCAUUCAGACACGUUUCCAAAACUCUGGGCUCGGUGACGAUGCUGGCGUGACGGACGUGUCCAUGUACUGCUGUUCCUUCAACGGCACAAGAGUUCACUAAAGCUGGCGCGUUAUGCUGAGUAUAUCUUCUGAGUAUAUCUCCUACAGCAUUUUCUUGCCCCGGAUGUGUAUCUAAAUAUAUCGUUUUCUGUUGGC